AUGAGUGUCCCACAGUCUGCUACCAGCGAGAUGCCUACGCGCUCGUUCACCAACACCUCGGACUCCGAGGCCAUUCCUGGGGAGGACACUUCCGAGGUCACAAAGCUCUUCGCUGAGCGCCUCCAGGCAUGGAAGCAUGCCACCUCUAACCUCGAGGACUACAUCACAGCGACCGAGAAGACACACCAUGCGCACGGAAAGGAGUACGAGAGGAUUUUGAAGACAGUAAAGGACCCGCUGAAAGAGGGACACCACUUCGACCAGUCGCUGGGCGGUAUUGCAGGCAUGUUCGAGAACAUUAGGUCCAACACACAGGGCAUGUCCAACCAGCACUACGAGACGGAGAAGCAGCUCAAGACGGUCAUCCUGCCCAUCUUCGAGCGCCUGCACACCGAGAUCAAGAACAAGAGCAAGGAGCUUUCCAAGGGCGCUGGCAAGGGCAGCAAACAGGUCGACAAGACGCGGGCCAGCACACAGAAGCACAUUGAGCUCCUCGGCCAGCACACGGCCACCUUUGAGUCGCACGGCGGUAAGAUGAAUGCCACCGACGACCCAUACAUCUUGCAGCGCGGUGUGGUGCAUCGCCUGAACAAGCAGGUGCAGGAGGAGAACAACAACCGACAGGACCUCAUCAGUGUGCAAAACUCGUUUGCGCAGUUCGAGGCACACAUCAUCCAGACGGUCCAGCACGGAAUGGGUCAGUUCAUGCAGGUCGUCAACACGCAGGCUGAGCAGGCAAAGACGGCCUACGGCGACAUCGUCGGGACCGCACAGCGCAUCCCCUUGGACUUUGAGUGGAACGGCUUCAUCCAGCGCAACAACCAGGUCCUCAUCGACCCGGCGUCUCCUGCGCGCACAGUGCAGGACAUCAAGUUCGCCAAUCAAAACCACCGCUCCACGCAGCCUCUGAUCUCCGGCUCCCUCGAGAAGAAGGGCAAGAUCAUGCGCUCGUACGACACAAACUACUACGUCGUCACGCCCUCCAAGUUCCUACACGAAUUCAAAACCGACGACGACUUCGCCAAAGACCCCGUGCCAGAGUUCUCGCUGUACCUACCAGACUGCACCAUCGGCGCCGUCAGCGGGCAAAAGUUCAACGUCAAGGGCAAGGACGUGUCAAAGGGCAAGCUGGGCAACACAUUCUCCAUGAACCACGAAUCCGCAUUCAAGGCGCACACGCCCCAGGCCGCGGAGCAGUGGUGGCAAGUCAUCAGCCAGGCUGCGGGACAGGUGACCAGCGAUGUGCCCCCGGUCAGCCCUACUAGCCCGGUCGCGGGCUAUGGUAGUUUGAACGAGGGCGCGCAUGUGCCUGUCGCGGACGAGAAGAGUCCGGCGCCGCUGCAGACUCAGGGCCUCGCGGAGGAGCCUACAGGCACCGCUGGAAGCGUGCCUGGGAGCGCGGCGCCUGUCAGUGCGGGUGGAGUGGCGCCGGGCAGUGCGGUGGCGCCGGGCAGUGCGGUGGCGCCUGGCAGCGCUGUUGUCGCACCUGCGAGCGGCGUUCCUGGCGAGCCCGGCAAGUACUAG